AUGACACCUACACCUUACAGAAUAUCAGUAUUGACCGACACUUUUCAAGUAAAUAGCUUCAUUGAUAAUAUAGUCAGUGGUACAUUCAAUAUCGAUGUCAAUGCAAAAGUUGAUGAAUCAUCAUCAUUAAAUUUCAACUCUAAAUUAAUAACGUUGUUAUCCAAAUUUGAAUAUCGAGAUAAACCAUUAAAAGCAGGCUAUCUGCUCUAUCAUUACUCCGAUGAGGAGACAACGUUUUAUAGUCGUGACAUGUGGACUGCCAUCGAUAGCUACUCAAUCCAUGGUCUUGUCCAUCAUUUCACUGGUGGUGGUUCUCGGUGUUCUCACAUUGAAAACAAUAGUAAGAUCUCCUUUGAAUAUCAAUCAUGGUACAACUAUAAAUAUCAACCAACACUAGAAGAGUUUAUAGAUAUCGUGUGUAAUCAUGAUUUCAACCUACACGCCGACUCCAUUAUUAUAUAUUUCAAUGAAGAUGGUUAUAUUACAGAUCACCCAAUCAAAGUUUGUAAUGAUCAGAUUUCAAACUUUGAAAAUACACAUGAACUGAUAGAUCCCUAA